GGGUGUGGGGACACUGCGGGCACGGGGACACUGCGGGCACGGGGACAGCACGGGCACAGGGACACUGCAGGCACUCUGACAGCAUGGGCACGGGGACAGCAUGGAUGGGGGACACUGCAGAAAUGGGGCACGGGCUUGGCAUGGGGCAUGGAGCAUGCUGGAACAUGGGCAUGGCAUGGGCAUGGACACGGCAUGGGCACAGCAUGGACAUGGCAUGGACAUGGAAUGCAUGUGGCAUGGACAUGGCAUGGAUAUGGAAUGGACAUGGCAUGGACAGCAUGGGCACAGCAUGGACAUGGAAUGCACAUGGCAUGGACAUAGCAUGGAUAUGGAAUGGACAUGGCAUGGACAGCAUGGGCACAGCAUGGACAUGGAAUGCACAUGGCAUGGACAUAGCAUGGAUAUGGAAUGGACAUGGCAUGGACAGCAUGGGCACGGCAUGGGCACAGCAUGGACAUGGCAUGGACAUGGCAUGGACAGCAUGGGCACGGCAUGGAUAUGGAAUGGACAUGGCAUGGACAUGGCAUGGACAUGGCAUGGACAGCAUGGGCAUGGCAUGGAUAUGGAAAGGACAUGGCAUGGACAGCAUGGGCACAGCAUGGACAGCAUGGGCAUGGCAUGGACACGGCAUGGGCACGGCAUGGACACGGCACGAGCAUGGCAUGGACAGCAUGGACGUGGCAUGGGCACAGCAUGGGCGCAGCAUGGACACAGCAUGGGCACAGCAUGGGCACAGCAUGGGCACAGCAUGGGCAUGGAGUGGACACAGCAUGGGCAUGGCAUGGGCACACCAUGGGCAUGGCACGAGCAUGGCAUGGACAGCAUGGACGUGGCGUGGACACAGCAUGGGCACAGCACGGGCACAGCAGGGGCAUGGCACGAGCACGGCAUGGACACGGCAUGGACACGCUGCCCAGCAUGGCCACAGAGGUCACGGCCACGCCGUGGGCACGGGGCCCCCCAGCACGGCACGGACCAAGGCGGGCAGGACACGGCGAGCACUGCGGGCCCCGACGGAGCGGUGGCCCCGGUGGCCCCGGUGGCCCCGGCGGGCGCUGAGGUGCCGCUGUGCCCGCAGGGGCGUGUGCACCCAGGCCCCCUGUUACUGCAUCAUCAUGGAGUUCUGCGCCCAGGGCCAGCUCUACGAGGUGCUGCGCGCCGGCCGCAAGGUCACCCCCUCCCUGCUGGUCGACUGGUCCAUGGGCAUCGCCGGCGGCAUGAACUACCUGCACCUGCACAAGAUCAUCCACCGGGACCUCAAAUCGCCCAACAUGCUCAUCACCUACGACGACGUGGUGAAGAUCUCGGACUUCGGCACCUCCAAGGAGCUCAUCGACAAGAGCACCAAGAUGUCCUUCGCCGGCACCGUGGCCUGGAUGGCUCCCGAGGUCAUCCGCAACGAGCCCGUCUCCGAGAAGGUGGACAUCUGGUCCUUCGGGGUGGUGCUGUGGGAGCUGCUGACGGGCGAGAUCCCCUACAAGGACGUGGACUCGUCGGCCAUCAUCUGGGGCGUGGGCAGCAACAGCCUCCACCUGCCCGUCCCCUCCAGCUGCCCCGACGGCUUCAAGGUGCUGCUGCGCCAGUGCUGGAACAGCAAACCCCGGAACCGGCCGUCCUUCCGCCAGAUCCUGCUGCACCUCGACAUCGCCUCGGCCGACGUCCUCUCCACCCCCCAGGAGACCUACUUCAAAUCCCAGGCCGAGUGGCGGGAGGAGGUGAAGCUGCACUUCGAGAAGAUCAAGUCGGAGGGGACGUGUCUGCACCGGCUGGAGGAGGAGCUGAUCAACCGCCGGCGCGAGGAGCUGCGGCACGCGCUGGACAUCCGGGAGCACUACGAGCGGAAACUGGAGCGCGCCAACAACCUCUACAUGGAGCUGAGCGCCCUCAUGCUGCAGCUGGAGCUCAAGGAGAAGGAGCUGCUCAGGCGGGAGCAGGCGCUGGAGAAGCGCUACCCCGGGCUCUUCAAGCCGCGGGUGCCGCGGGGGCUCCUGCACGGCAACGCCGUCGAGACCCUCAUCAAGAAGCGCAACGUCCCCCAGAAGCUUUCGCCCCACGGCAAGCGCCCCGACAUCCUGAAGCCGGAGGUGCUGCUGCCCAAGCUGGACGCGGCCAUGGCGCAGGUGGCCCUGCCGGGGUGUCCCAAGGGUCCCCCGUCCCCCGGGCGCAGCCGCCGGGCCAAGGGUCGCCACCGCAAGGCGGGGCCCCGGGGGGGCUGCGGGGAGCCGGGACCCGAGGCCGGAACCCCCCGGGGUCCCCCCGCCACCGCCGCCAGCCCCGACAUCCUCGGGGGCACCCUGGAGGCCGCGGGUGCCCCCCCGGCCACGGUACCUGACGCGGGACCCGAGGGGGCCACGGGCACCCAAGGGUCCCCCCCGCCGCAGCCCCCCACUCCCGGGGAGCCCGAACGGGAGAGCGGGGCCGGCCGGGGGGGGAAAGGGGGGGCCGGGCAGCACCUGACCCCCGCGGCUCUGCUGUACCGGGCGGCCGUCACCCGCGGGCAGAAACGGGGGGUCUCGUCGGAGGAGGAGGAGGGCGAGGUGGACAGCGAGGUGGAGCUGCCGCUGCGGCAGAGGUGGCCCCCGGGGAUGAGCAAGCGGCAGUCGCUGUCCACCUUCAGCUCGGAGAACUUCUCGGACGGCGACGGCGACGAGGGCCACACGAGCGAGCCGUCGCACAGUGCCACCCCCGACGUGGGCAGCACCAACACGGACGAGCGCCCCGAUGAUCGCUCCGAGGAUCUGCUGUCCCAGGGCUCCGAGAUCCCGCUGGACGCGGCCCCGCCCGAGGGGCCCGGCCGCCGGCACGGGGGGCUCAGCCCCACCAAGGUCUCCGAGGACUCGGACUGUGACAGUGCAGAGCUGGAUCACUCAGGCAGCGGCGAGGGGCCCCCCCGGCCCACAGCCCCCCCGGGCCUGUGACCUGCGUGCCCCCCGAGCCCCCUGCCCUGCACUCCCUCACUUGUACAGCCCCAAAUAUUUAUAUAAAUAUCUAUCGCUCUC